UAGAUUUUUUUUGUCUACAAUACAAUUCAACGAAAUUACUAUAUUUGUCUUUUUGUUCCUCUUACGCCAGAAGGUAAUUGACUUCAAGGCUGUAGGGCCACUAAUAUUACUUCCCAAGAGUGGUCGCUCUAGGCUGGUUUCACAGUACUUUCCUAGGCAAGUGCGUCAGAAUAUGCUUAAUGGCCGUAUGCAUAAUGAAUUCAAGCCUCUGGUCAAAUUAAGUUUUCGUCGAGAAUAAAAAGUUUUCAGGAAACUUAAAUCAGCUAUAGGAAGCCAAAACCGACGCCAAGCCAUAUUGGGAGUGUUAUACAUCGUUAUGUGAAAAUAGACAUCAAACUCAAGUUUUAAUUGCCUUUCUUCUCCCUGUCCAAAAUGCCGGUAAAUAUGGCUUGGUGCCGCACAGACUGCGUUGAGAAGCCUUUCUCCAUUGGAUUUCAGAAGUUCGGUCGUUUCGUGGGAAGGAACCCGUGGUGGUUCUUUAUCUCCCCCCUGGUCAUAUCAACGGUGCUAGGGUCUGGGUUUUAUUUCCUAGCGGACCGGGAAGCCAACAACAUUGAGGACCAAUUUACACCAGUCAACGGACCUGCAAAACUUGAAAGGAAAUUUGUGGAAGAGAACUUUCCUCUGAAUAACUCUGUGUAUUCCAACCAGAGACUGUACACCAUGGGAGAAUAUGCAUCCUUCAUAGCUGUCUCAAGAGAUCCUAACAUCUUCACCGACGGUGCUAUCAAAGAAAUAUUAAGUUUGGACAAGAAGGUUCGAGAAAUAAUACUUUGGAGAGGUCACGAGCAGCUUACAUUUGAAGGACUUUGCGCUAGAAAAUCCAAUAAAUGUAUUCCUAAUAGGAUAUUAGAUAUUAUGAAUCAUUAUGGUAGCAACAUUGACCAGACUGAACUCACCUUUCCAUUUUUCCGUUUUGGAUUCACAACCAUUUUUCUAGGAUAUUCUGUUGGUGGAGUUAAUGUAAGCUCAAAAGUCAUAAAGAGUGCUAAAGCGAUACGACUUUUUUAUUCUUUGAAAGAAGGCAACCGCACUAUAACAGAUCUGUGGCUAAACGAAUUCCUCAAGGUUUUUCCCUCCAACCAGUCUCUGAAGUUCAUAAAGGUUAGUCAUUCCACGUCACUGUCCAGGCAGGUGGAGUUCGAGGCCAACACCAGGGAUGUCAUCCCGUUGUUUUCCAUCACAUAUGUAAUCGCCAUCAUCUUCUCCAUAGUGUCUUGCUUAAGGUUUGAUUGUGUGAGGAAUAAGGUGUGGGUGGCCACCUUCGGGGUGAUAUCUGCAGGACUGGCCGUGCUGUCUGCCUUCGGGAUGAUGCUGCAUAUCGGAGUGCCUUUUGUAAUGACCGUGGCCAACUCACCGUUCUUGAUAUUGGGUAUUGGUGUUGACGACAUGUUCAUCCUCAUAUCCUGCUGGCAGCAUACUAACGUUCACUCCCGGGUGGAAGACCGCUUAUCCGAGACGUACAAGGAGGCGGCCAUUUCAAUCACCAUCACCACUCUAACGGAUGUGCUCGCGUUCUACAUCGGGCUCAUGACGCCGUUCCGCUCUGUGCAGUCCUUCUGCCUGUACACCAGCACGGCUAUCUUGUUUUGCUUCAUUUAUAGCGUCACCUUCUUCGGGGCCUUUCUCGUGCUAAACGGGAGACGGGAGAAUGGCAACAAGCAUUGGCUGACUUGCAAGGAGGUCCCGGAGGACUGUCCCGCAGGUCGCUCUAAAUCGUAUGACCUCUGCUGUGUGGGAGGAGCCUAUGACCGGCACACCGGAGCUGAAGAAGUGCAGCCCAUGAAUAAUUUUUUCAAGAAGUACUACGGCCCGUUCCUUGUAAAACCCUGGACCAAGGUGUGCGUGAUUGUUCUCUAUUCCAUUUAUUUGACUAUCAGCAUUUAUGGAUGCUUCCAGAUACAGGAGGGAAUUGACCUUCGCAAUUUGGCGGCUGACGAUUCCUACGUGAACAGGUACUACGAUGAUGAAAAAGCCUACUUCUACGAGUACGGUCCAAACAUCAUGGUUAUCAUAAAGGGUGAGAUCGCCUACUGGGAGGAAAAGAACAUGUUGGAUUUUGAAUCUUGCAUAGAGGACUUCAAAAACCUGUCUUUCAUUGAGAAAGACAUUUUCACAUCCUGGUGGAAAUCGUACAAGUACUACGGUCAGCACACAAGCUUGAAUUUAAGUGCUGAGAAUGUUUUCAAGAAAAACCUUGGCACGUUUCUGAGAUUCUACUCCGACUUCAAGCAAGACGUGAAUUUCACUAACAAUUCCAUCCACGCCUCCCGCUUCUUCAUCCAGACGGUCAACAUCACCACCGCCCUUGAUGAAAUGAAUAUGUUAAACAAUCUCCGAGACACGGCCAGAAGAUGCCCAGUCCCACUGCUGGUCUAUCACCCCGUCUUCAUAUAUCACGACCAGUACGCGGUCAUAGUGAGCAACACCGUUCAGAACAUCUCAGUGACCACAGCGGUCAUGCUAUUGAUCUCCCUCCUGCUGAUCCCGAACCCUCUCUGCUCGCUGUGGGUCACGUUCUCCAUUGCGUCCGUCAUUGUGGGCGUCACCGGCUUCAUGGCGCUGUGGGACGUUAAUUUGGACACCAUAUCAAUGAUCAUUCUCGUUGUCUGUAUAGGAUUCUCUGUGGACUUCUCCGCACAUAUUUCCUACGCCUUUGUUUCAAAUAAAAAGCCCACGGCGAAUGAGAAGGCCGUGGAAGCGCUGUUCCAUUUGGGAUAUCCCAUCCUGCAGGGUGCUUUGUCCACCAUACUCGGUGUGAUAGUGCUGUCCGCUUCCAAAAACUACAUAUUUAGGACCUUCUUCAAGAUCAUGUUCCUUGUCAUCUUUUUCGGGCUGUUUCACGGCAUCACUUUCAUCCCGGUCUUCCUGACAUUCUUUGACUUUUGCAGCGGCAGCUCGGGCAAGAUCAACUCUCAGGAUAAAAAGGUCCCGGAGGACCAAGCGAUGGCUUACUACCAGUCCAACAAUGCCCAGGAGAAAAUGAUGGACCAAGACAAGCAGAUCUAUGACAAUCACACUUUCCUGCCUGACAAUCACCCGUUUUGCCAAGGAGAUUCAUGUCCCUCGGUCUGGACCCUGAAAGUCAACACCCUCCAAACCCAGGGUGGUCAGGUCUGCAUGCCAAGCACAGGUCCCAUGUUCACCAUUGAUGGUCAGACAUAUGAAGUUCAGAUGUACUCGGUUAGUAGCGACCCUGUCACCGUCAGCCAGAACCAGAAUCACGGGUCCGGCGAACAAAAUUGCGUGACAGGAAAUGGCCAACCACUGGAGAUCAACGACCCGGUUAUUAAUUGCCAUGAUUCGGCAGGUCCUGUUCUUUGAGUGUCCAUUAAUUAUUAAAUAAAUGUUUGUUUACAUGAGAUGUAUCCAAGGAUGGAAUUGAAGGAUUUCGGGCUCUGGCCAGCUGGGCUAGUAGACUGACAUUUUUACUUGCCCAGGUCUAAAAUCUUAUGAAACAUUUGAAGUAGAACUUUUUACAAGGUGGUUGGCUAGUUGAGCAAAUGUUCAACUAGCCCAGUUUGAAAAAUACUUGCCUUGGGCUAUUGAGCUAGCUUAAUUUCCAUCUCUAAUUUAUCUUACAUAUGAUCUUCAUGUAAAUCAUGAAGCACUAAUAACAUGUUAUGUUUUGAACAUAUUGGAUUGGAUUUUUCAUCGGUAGCACUGAAAAAAUAAUUUGGUUACUGUCAUGCAUAACAGUCACGUGGCCCUGUCAAAUGUAAAAUAUAGCCAUAGCAUAUCUCAGUUAUGUUAUCAUUCUAUGAAAUACAUAAUUUAACUACAGCAAUUCAGUUUAAAUCGGUUACUACAGACUGUUGACAAAAACCAACAUAAAGUGUCUCAGUAAGGUGUUGGGCCACAAGCCGCCGAAAAAGCUUUAAUGCGCCUUGGCAUAGAUUCAAUUAGUCCCUGGACCUCUACUGGAGGGAUGGAAGACCAUUCUGUCAUUUGGUGGUUUUGUGAUGGUGGUGGAGAGCGCUGUCUAACAUUUUCCAUAGAUCCUUCCCUCUAGCAAUCUUGAUCCAAAAUGGAGGUCAACUGGAUCUGCUCAACAUAGAUGUGCGACAGAUCAUGACAGAAUGUUAAUUGAUAAUUGUAUCAUGCUGUACACCUGUUUGGAAGCAUCCACAUUAGUUAUAUUCCCCCACUCAUUUAGUCAGGUUUUUCCUUUGUCAACUGUCUGUAUGUGGUUAAUACUGUUGGAUUUAAAAACCAUGACAAUGUUCAUAUUGGUAUUUGAAGAAUCACAAGCUUUACUGAAACAUUACAGCCGUGUUCAUGAGCUAUCCAGUCUUCAAUUGAGUACAAUUACCUGUAUAUAAAAUUAAACUGUUUUCACUUCCUAUAUUUUCAUAAAUGCCUUUAUCAAAGGGCAUUCUGUAUGUCAAUAUUUUUUAAUUGAUGGUAUACAGCACUUAAAUCUUUAGUAAUAUAUUUUAAAGAGGAUGGCAACCCAAAUUGAGCUUGUUUCUCUUUUGUCUGUAAACAUAGUAAAUGUAAUUAUGUAAACAAACACUGUAUAGCCUGGAAACCUGAGUUAAAAAGGAUAAUGAAAUCCUGGAUGGUAAAUAAGUGUCACCAUACCUCUGUCCAUGAGUUUGAGAGUUGUUACAUUUCUUCAGACUCAUCCAUCAACUGUUUAAUAAAUCAGUGGAGGGGUGGUGCUUUGUUGUGGUUUAAACCGUAGCGCACCCCUUUGAAAGAUGGAAUGUAAACAUUGUCAAGCAACAUUUUGUAGUUCCCCCCAAAAAAGUCACUGUAUUUUUGAUAUUGUUCCAAAACCUACCAUAAUAUAUAUUGAAAGUAGUAUUUUACUAAUGUUUGCCUUUAUCCAAUUUAUUAUGUAAAAAAAAUAUUUGCUAACCCAUGGUUAGGUAGUUGAUUUAAACUGGUAACAUUUAAUACCACAAGGUGGCAUUGUGGAAACAGUACAGUGAGCUUGCUAAUUGUUUGAUAUUUUUUCCACGUAAUUUAUUGCUUGUGACUUUAUAAUUUCUCCAUAUAAUUCUCAUUCUACUUACACACCUUUUGUGAACAACAUUUGUGGAGUACAACAUGAAUAUGUAAUUAAUCUCAUUUGAAUGUCAGACGAUUUCCAAUAAACCAUAUUCUUUUCAGA